AUGGAUAUCUUCAUUGAGAAUGUCCCGAGCAACGCCAAUCACAUCGAGUUGCAGAUAUUCCUGAAAGACCGACUAGACAAGCUCGGUGUAUUGGCUUUCGAAAUCAAGAAGUUUCGCGGCAGACAGAAUGGACGUCAUUUUGCUAUACUUACGGUUUCAGAUACGAACAAUGGCAAUGCCUUUCUGCAACUUUAUGGCAGCCGCGGCCGGACCACUCCACUCUAUCCGUUGAUGUUCCAGGGAGAGAGCCUCAGGUUUUCAAAAAGCAAUCGUCCCGGUCAGCCUGAGCCUCUCAAAGUACGUACGCUGCAAGAAAAGGAGGAGUCGAUGAGAGCGAAGAUGAGAGCACCUGGCGACAUAAAGCAACCCCUUCGAUCAAACCAGCCUACAUUGGCUUUCAACUCUUUACGCACCGGAGUCUGGGAUCAUGAUCAGUGUGGACUUGCCUUCGACUCGAAGUUCAGGGACUUGAGGUCUGGAUUUGUCACUUUUGGUAGUACGGCAAUUGUGCUAUACUUACAGCAAAACGCACAGAGCUUCUUCGAUUGGCACGGGAGAAUCGACAUUCCCCAUUCUAUAAUCGACUUUGCCAUUCCAUCGCACACAGAUCUUGGCCGAACAGUAGUUACUUUGGCCCUUAAAUCUCCACCAAAGUUCUACAACAUCAGUUCUACGGACGAUCUACAUCUCUAUGCCGGCACAGAGCCACCAAUUACAGCUGAUAUUCUCUCUGGUUUUUCCAGGCUGAACCUGGGCACCACGAAUAGAACCAAUCGACUGGAGCGCCUGUGUUCCUUGAGUUCUCUCCAUGAUAAAAGCUCAGCCUUGUGCAUGGUGUACAGUCUCGACUUUCCCGACAUUCGAACAGCACAACAUGCAUACCAACACGUCAAAGAUUUCUCCGUAUCAGAUACUUAUUGCUGGAAGCGUAUGACUGUCAUUGAAGGAAUGCUAUGGAUAGAACACGAAUUCGCUAUCGUCGAGAGGGAACUCGCUCGUUAUGGCCCACAGAUACCAACUGAGUUCAACUUCGCAGUCCGCUUUCAACUCACAGCUCUCCUGCUUGAGGGCUAUAUUAAACCAGUCAAACUUAUUGGAUUAAUCCCCCACGUUCUUAAUCUUGCCCGAAUACAUGGCGCAGAGCUUACCGCGUCUGCAUUGCGACAAUUGGCCCGAUCGAUUCCGAUGCCAUCACCGAGUAGGGACGCGAGCCAAUUUACGAUAGAGGCAUUUGUAGCUCUCCUGAAUGAGAGUAUACAGGACAGUAAAGAACGCGAAUUGACUGGUUAUGAUCUCAGCAGAAAGCAGCGGAAGCACAACCACUUGGCACUGACCUACAAAGCCACUAUCACCCCAACGGGUAUGCUGUUGCGGGGCCCUGACUGGGAUGUCUCUAAUCGAGUCCUCCGGAAAUAUGGAAAACAUACCGAAUGCUUCAUGAGAGUAUUCUUUGCAGAUGAAGACGGCUUGUCGGUAUUUUUCGACCCUAGAGCCUCUCAGGAUCGGGUGUAUGAGCGAUUUAGAGGUGUGCUGCGAAAUGGUAUUACAGUAGCUGGUCGUCGCUUCGACUUCCUUGGAUUCUCCCACGCCUCAUUACGGAGCCAUCAAGCAUGGUUCAUGACACCGUUCAUCAAAGAUGGGAUCAGUAUAUGUGCCAGAGACAUUAUCGAAGACUUGGGUGACUUCUCUCACAUCCGAUGUAGUGCCAGAUGCGCCGCGCGUAUAGGACAAGCAUUCUCAGAUACUAUCUUCUCAGUCCGAGUCCCAGACUCGGCUUACGUUACAGAAUCCAAAGUAGAUGUUAAGAGAAAUGGCAGAUAUUUCUCCGAUGGAUGCGGUACAAUUUCACUGGAACUUAUGCGCAAAGUCUGGAACGCACUACCGCCAGAACGCCGGGAACAGAGGCCAACCGUAUUACAGAUACGCUAUCGUGGUGCGAAGGGUGUCCUGUCGCUUGACACCUCUCUCGUGGGUGAACAGCUGCAUGUUCGUCAGAGCAUGACGAAGUACAUUGCCAAAGAAGGGUGGAAAGACUUGGAACUCUGCGGUGCAGCUUACAAACCACUUACGGUCUUCCUGAACCAUCAGUUUAUCAAGAUCCUUGAAGAUCUCGGUGUCCCAGAGAGAAACUUCAAGGCAAUACAGAAUGAGGCCGUUGACACACUGAAGCUUAUUACCGAGCAUCCUAUCAACGCUGCUAGCUUCCUAGAAUACUCGCAUUCUAGUGUCUACGCUAGAACCCCCCGUCUAUUUGAAUUAAUGCAUCAGAUUGGCCUGUCCUUCCACGCAGACCGAUUUCUCACAGAUAUUGUUGAGGUAGCGGCGAUGUCAAACCUGAGAAGCCUAAAGUAUCGUGCUCGUAUACCCAUUUCACAGGGUUACCUUCUCUAUGGUAUCAUGGAUGAGACCGGAAUUCUGAAGGAAGGGGAAGUAUAUGUUGCGACCAAGUCUCACGACGCCAUUGGCCACAAAAGCAGAAAAAUACUCAUUGGUGACAGGGUCAUUAUCACUAGGGCACCCGCAUUACACCCUGGAGACGUACAAAUAGUGAAGGCAGUUGACGUACCGGAGUACUCGCCUCUUCGCGCACUCCACAACUGCGUCGUCUUUUCGCAACAAGGUGCUCGAGAUCUGCCUUCCCAACUCAGUGGUGGUGACCUUGAUGGUGAUCUCUUCCACAUCAUCUACGACUCACGGUUAAUUCCAGACUUUACUGUCCCUCCCGCAGACUACAAAUCGGAACCUCCGAAGGACCUUGGUCGGCCAGUACAGGUCAAUGAUAUGGUUGACUUCUUCGUUGAGUACAUGAACAUGGACCGACUGGGACAAAUUUCAAACAAGCAUAAAAUAAGAGCGGACAUUAAGCCAAAUGGCACGCGAGACCCAGACUGUAUUCUCCUUGCACAACUCGCGUCGGAUGCCGUCGACUUCAGCAAAUCCGGCAAUCCCGCCGACAUAAAUAAGGUGCCUCGAGGUUCCGACUGGAUUCGACCUGACUUCAUGGCCCCCGGCUCCAACCUCGUUAUCAAUGAGCUGGGCUCAGCGGAACUAGAAGAGCUGGAACAAGACGAUGUAGACGCCCCAGACCGCAUAAGCGUUCUUGACGCCGACAAAGCACGCAUGCGCUACUACCGAAGCGACAAGGUCCUCGGAGUCCUCUACCGCGACAUUGACGAGCAAAAAUUCUUUGCCAGGAUGAAGCACGACUUUGAAAACUUCAGACACAGCUGGGGCGGCCAGUCGCUCAUGUCCAAGCUCCGCACCUACAUUGAGCGCGAGACCCGUGGCGUCCUCUGGGCCCACCACCGCGCCUUUGCCGAAGACCUGCGCGAAUACUACGAGGACAACAUGCUCGAAAUCAUGGACACGCUGCGUCCCACGCGCGGCAAACCCCUCACCGAACUCGAAGUUUUCAGCGGCAAUAUCCUCGGCAAAAAGGAACGCGCGCCCUCGAGACAUAUUCGCGAAGCCAAUCUCGAGGUGCAAGAGCGGUUUAACCGCGAUGUUAGUGCCAUCAUUCAGCGCCUUCUACGGGGCGAUGGUGACUGGGAGGGUGGUGGUGGCGGCAACGACCACAACGACGAGGAUACCGAGACCCUGCCACGGGCUAUUGCCUGUUUCAUGGUCGCGCUCGAGACGGACGGAUGGGGCAAUUAUCGCAGUUUGAAGAGCUGGAAGUAUGUGGCUGCUGCUGUUUGCUUGGAGCAGCUUUGGAAGUAUCAGGGGGGCAAGUUGAGGCCGGUUUGA